AUGGACGAGCUGGAACUUGCCCAAGCUGAGGCUGAGUUUGUCCACGCUGGGCUUGCACAACACAGGGCCGACAGGAAAAGAGGUUCAUCCCUCUUGGUGCCGAGACUGCAGUUCAAGCGGCGCCACAGGGCCACACGAAAGGGCGAGUUGAAGGCAAGGCAGUUCGAUCCGAGGGGAAAUGCUCCGAUGAUUGUCACUGGCUCAGAUUGCUCAGGUCUGGACACUGCUACUGCUGCUUUGAAAAUGGCAGGCCUCGAGCCCUGCACGGUGUUCUUGUCUGAGAAAGAUGCCCACGCCAGAAAAGUGUUGGAGAGCAACUAUGCGACUGGUGGAGCUUAUGCAGUCGAGGGCAUUGGUGGCUUGCCCCAUGCUGGCAGCAAGCCUCGGAUUUUCAACAACACCAUGGCAAGGGAUGAUUCCGAGAUCAGUGCGGAAAUCGACCUCUACACUGCAGGCCCACCCUGCCAGCCAUUCAGCAUGGCUGGUUUGCAGAAUGGCUUGCACGAUAAACGUGCUCAUGUGCUGCUGCGUGUUCUGCAGACGAUUAAGACCAUUCAGCCCCUGACAUUUGCCUUGGAGAAUGUCAAACCAUUAGCGCGGCACAAGAUGUUCAAGCUCCUCUUUGAUUUCAUUUUGGCUUUCCUACGUUCCAUCGAAGAUGCAAAUGGCGAGAAAGUGUACCAAGUGGAAUGCAAGGUUCUUGACACAAGCGUUGUAGGUGGCUUGCCCCAAGCGAGCGUGUCCAGUUUGCUGGACUGCACAGAUGUCUCUGACUUACACCACGGCGUGACCACGGAGAAAGGCAAAGCAAGGGUCCAGCAGCACCUGGUGUCAGUCGCCAAAAUGAUCCAGGAUUCCAUUCUGAAGUGUUCCGCCACAAAGGCGUCACAGGAUGCUGUGUGGUGCGCCGAUGUGGGGUGCAGCUUGAAGCGCGGCGCGACAGCCCUGCCUGAAAAGUCACCGACGUUGACGCACAGUCGGUGCAAGUCUGGAGGUCACAUGUUGCUACCCAUGCAGCGGCACAUGACUUUGAAUGAAAUUGAAGAACUUCAGGGGUUUCCAGGAGGACAUUUACGGAUCCCUGCCGGAGUCAGCAAGAAGAAGUAUGCAGGCAUGCUUGGCAACGCUUUCACUGUCAGUGUGAUCGGCAGGGUUGCGUUGAAUUUGCUGAAAAUGGUCGGCAAGGUGCCCCCCGAACAUUUUGACCCAUGGGCAAUGCCGAGCAUGAAGCAUGACUUUGUCGACUACAGCCGCUUCAAUGGAAUGAAGCGCCGCUGCGUGAGGAGAGAUGGUCACACAGACUCAUAG